UCAGUGUCAAACGUUAAAAAAUAUUGACAAAAAUGGCGAUUGGAGUAGAUACGUCGAAAUGGAAACCUAGAAAAUUUAAUGGAACUCCUGCUGGUAAAGCCAGGAAUGUUGCUGGAUUAUGUAUUAUUCUCCGACUUAACAAAGAAUUAUAGGAAAAAGUUGGAGGUAUUUUACCAGGAUCCAAUCGAAGAAAUCGAAAGGAAGCUUAUGAUUGCUAGUGGACUUCCAAUCAGAUCGGGCGACACUUUAAGACAGUUAAUUGAAGAUGAAGCUAGAACUGAUAGACCAGACAAAUAAUGACGGAUACUUAUAGUAAUGUAUUGUUAAAGUAGUUAUAAGAUGUAAUAAAUUAUUUAGUUACUUAACUACACUGUUUUUGUUUGCCAGUAAAUGCCAAAUAAAGUAGUAAGCAAAUAUUUUGCAACUGAUCCUGUGAUGGAUGACAGUCUAUCAGACUUUCAAGAGAAAAAGAAGUAUAACAUUGGUCCAAAGAAUGUAAAGAAAACGCGGGGUAUCAAAAAAUCUAAACAUAUAAGAGGUCAAAGAGAUAUUCGAAAAUUGAUUAAAAAACAAGAAAAUGAAGUGCUAACAUAUUCAGAGGACUUUGACAAAGUAUGCAAGCAAAUUGGUGUUGAUGUUGAUUCCGAGGAAUUACAACUAGCUGUUGCAUUGUCAAAGUCAUUGCAUGAAGUAAAUAAUGAGAUUGGUCCAGAAACAGAAAUCAAAACCACUGAAAGUUCAUCGUCCCAACAAAGAUUACAGUCAAUCAAAACAACUUUACAAGAAUAUGGCUUUAAACUUGAAGGUAAAAUAACAACACUCAAAAGUUGUAGUAAGAAAUUGAAGAAACAGAAAAGAAGGAGUUUGUAUAAGUUGUUACAAACAACUGAUAAUGAAAGACAACAGAUUAUCUCAGAUAAGUAUUCUGAAAUAUUAGCAAGAAAUAUCUUUAAGUCACCUGUGAAGGUUGUAGAAAAUGAAUUUGAAUUUAAUGAUAGAGAGCUUUAUUACAAAACAACAAAUAUUGUUUAUGAGCGUAUAAAGAAUGAUGAUGUUUAUUAUUUAAAUGAUUUAUUUGAGAAACCACCUAACAGAACUUGUUGUUUAAGAGAUUGGUCUGAAAUACCUGGGAGACCAUUAAGUCCUACCAUUCAGACCAAUAAUAUCAACUUUGAUGAUCUUAUGUUUGACCAACAUGACCUCGAUUGCAUAUUAAGUGGAUCAAUACAUACAGCACAACAUAUUGUUUCUAAUAAGAAAACUAAUAUUUCUUAUAAUACAAAUUCUAUGGAUAAAAAUAUACUAUUAUGUUUUGAUAAACCUCAAUCUUUAGGAAAUGAAGCUGGACUUGUAGACAAAAAGGCGAGUGGUGGUAAAUUAGUUGGGGAAAGUGAUUGUUCUACAAAACUAGAUACUAUGUCAGAUUUACAAUUGAGAUGUGUGUCUCCAGAUUUAUUUGAUGAUGAAGUAUCUACAGUGUUAGAAUGUAUGGACAAUGAUGUGCAAGUUUCAGGACAAAUAGUGUCAAUGACUGAUAAUAUCAACACUUACAGCAUGGACCUAACAGAAUGUGUUAAUAUUGACUAUGAUGAGACUAAAUCACUUGGUAAAAUAAAGCCAUAUACUAAUGACAUUGAUAUCACCAAUAGGAGGUCUAAUGAUUUUAUGGAAAUUACUAAUUGUUUGUCAAAUACUUUGAAGCAAAGCAAUAUGGAGAAAAUAGAUCUUACACAAACCACAAAUGACUUAAUUAAACAAACUGAUAAUGAUGAUAGAGUAUUCUCUCAAAAUAAAAAUAUAGAAUUCAUGGAUCUUACUCAAGUUCCAGACUAUAAAACGCCCAGUGAGAAAAUGUGCAAUAAAGAAGAAGAUAAUUUACAUGAAGACACAAUAAUUCUUGUAAAUGAAGAAUUUGAUUUAAAAUGUCAUCAGCCGAAUGAAAAUUUGACUGUAAAACAAGGUAAACCAAUUUGUACUGAUACUAGAACUAAAGGGAAAUCUGAUCAAUAUAAUUGUUAUUCCUAUAGAACAAAAGCUGAAAACUGUUGUAGCAGACCCUGUAAAAGUGACGGGACAGUUAACUUGGUUCAUGAAUUAAAUUUCAAAGAAACUUCCACUUCCAACAAAUCAGGAGUUAUUUCAAUUACUGAAAAGAGUAAAGAAUGUACAUUUUCAAAUAGAUUAAGAGAUCAAGCUUAUGAUAGUUUGAGUGAAAAUUACUGUGAGUAUGAAGAUGUCUCAGAUAAAGUUAUUAUAGAUAAAAGUAGUGAAUAUAAAAACAAACCAGAUAAUUUUCAACUAGAAGAAAUAGAUUUGACUCAGAGUUCUAAUUCAUUUGAAGGAGAUGAAAUUAAUAAUCAACCAAUUUCUAGAUAUUCACUUACUCUUGGUAAAAGGGACAACGUCUCAAUAGAUUAUGAUGAUAUUAUAAAAGAAAAUUACUCAAAUACUACAUUAUCAGAGUGUCGUCAGCACCAAAAUCAUUCAGAAGAAAAUGAUCCAAACAUGGACAACAAUAUUCUAUCAAAUUGUGUUAAGAGCUCGAAAGUAUUUGAAUUUUCAAAUAAACAUAACUAUUCAUUAGACCAAUCAAAACAUGAUAAUUCAGAUUUAAAAAUCGUCACAGCACUGAAUGAUGAAAAUGGUUGUAUUGAAAACGAAGCUAACAUUUCAAAUAAUGAUAUUGCAUCAAAUCCCAGUAACAGUUCGGAAGUAUUUGAAAUUUCUGAUAAAGAACUCAACUAUUCUUUACAUCAGUCUAAACAUGAUAAUUUUGAUUUUCGGGAUGUUACUGUAAUGAAUGACUUUCUGAAUGGCCAGAAUAAUACUAUUUGUAAAGGCGCUGUUCAAACUCACAUGAAAAAUACCACUUUAAAUGAGAGUAACUUAGUAACACAAAAUAGAAGUAGGACAUUUGGAAAAGUAACUCAGCCACAUUCUAGUAGUGAUACAUCUACACCUAUAAAAUCACUGAAUGAAAAUUUAAAAAAUGUAUUGCAAACACCUAAAAAUAGCGAUUACAUUAUAAAAACUACUGAAGUAACACCAAUGCUUGAUUAUGCAUCAAUGACUUCACCUGAAAGGCAUAAAGAAUUGGAGAAAUAUGGACUUAAACCUUUCAAAAGAAAAAGAGCAAUUCAAUUACUAACAUAUCUGUACAAUCAAACUCAUCCAAUAGUAGAGUCCAAUACAGGUGAUUGUCCAUCACCAUCAAAGAGACUAAAGAUGGAUGAUAAAUAUCAACAAAAUAAUAUUAAUACAUUUCCAUCACCAUCUAAGAGACUAGAAAAGGAUGAUAAAUAUAAACAAAAUAGUACUGCAAAACUUCUAUCACCAUCAAAAAUACUAAAAAAGGAUGAUAAAUAUAAACAAAAUAGUACUGCAAAACUUCUAUCACCAUCAAAAAUACUAAAAAAGGAUGAUAAAUAUCAACAAAAUAGUACUGCAAAACUUCUAUCACCAUCAAAAAUACUAAAAAAGGAUGAUAAAUAUCAACAAAAUAGUACUGAAAAACUUCUAUCAACAUCAAAGAUACUAAAAAAGGAUCAUAAAUAUCAACAAAAUAGUACUGUAAAACUUUCAUCACCAUCAAAAAAACUAAAAAAGGUUGAUAAGGAUCAAAAUGGUACUAAUAAACCAAUUCUUGAACCUUCACCUGAAAUUAAUAAUGAAAAUUAUUUAUAUGCAGUUACAAAUGAACAUCCAGAUAUUAGAAAUAUUGAAUGUGAUACAGAAGAGUGGAUAUUUCAGAAAAGGGAGAAGGCUAAGCUGCAUUCAUGUAGGGUGCCUUUACAUAUAGCUUUCCAGAACUAUGUGACAUGUCGACGGAGGUUAAGGGAAGCUAUAUUGCGCUAUGAACCAGUAAACAUUGAUGUCAUAUACAAGGAUAUGGUUGCGACUGGAUACAGGUACAAUCCUAAGGAUUUAUUGAAAUUUAUGGAUAGAAAAUGCAUCACAGUGAGGACUGCCGACAAUAACGCGAGAAAUAGAAAAUCAUAGCAUUUUAUACAUAUCUUCAAUGUUAAAUAUAAAUAGAUAAACUUUUAUAAAUAAUUUAAUGUAUAUUAUUGUAUAGUUUUCUGUAAUUCAAUCAAUUCCAACCAGCGCUGCAUGCUCUUUUUAUUUAAAGAGUAUGUAGCAUUAUGCUGAGUUGAAUCCGUUUACUGGGUUGUGCCACACAUCACAGGAUAUUGUUAAAGAACAAAUUGUGUUGUGUGGCAUUAUUCACUAAUAAAGCUUUUUUCUUUCUUUCUUUCUUUAAUUAUUAAUAUAAUAUUUUUAUUCUUGGAAGACACAUUUUGGAUUUAUAAUUAUUAAUGUCUGUAUGUAAAGUGAAGGAAUGAGCCAGCGUGGUGGACUAUUGGCCUUACCCCUCUCAUUCUGAGAGGAGACUCGAGCUCAAAGUGAGCCGAAUAUGGGUUGAUGACGAAAAAAACAUCAGUUAGUAACAACUUUUGAUAAACUACCCUCCUCCCAACUUGUAUUAAUUAAAAGUUGUUUUUAUAGUAAUUUAUUAAAAUAUAUAAAAUAUUUUUUAUAUU